AUAAAGAGAAUCCAAUAUGGGUGCACAUAAUUCUAACCUUUAAAUUAAAGGUCUAAUACAGUAUUCAACACCCACUCCACUAUCCUUUUCUUUCUUCCACUCAUACUAAACCAAGCUAGCUAGAUCUCAAUUGAGCAACAAAACAAGAAACAAUGGAAGCUCUCCUUUCUCAAUUCACCUUCCUCUCAGACCAAUCUUUACAUGACAAGAGCUUCGAUCCAUCGACGAUAGAAGAUCUUAUGAAACUAUUUGAGAUAGAAUCCUACAAAGCAUGGGCUGCUGCAGAGCUUGAACAAGAAAGAGAGGUGGAAGAAGCAGAAGAUGCAAUGCAAGAAGCCGAGGAACAUCUCAACUCCGCGAUGGAAAGUGCUAUGGAUGAAUUUAGAAGGUUUGAAGAAGAACUUGAGAGGAUUUCAAGAGAUGAAGUAGAGAGUUUAGUUCAAACUGCUGAGAAAGCAAGGAAUAUGGGAAACUUGAUGGAAAAAAAAGCUUCUAUUGCUUCUAAGAAGUACAUUGAAGCUGCACUUAAUUCAGCCACUGCUUCUAUGAAAUCUGCUUGGAAAGGAAUCUCUUCAGGCAAGGUUCAUCCAUCUUGAUUGAUAUAUACAUAUAUGCAUCAGACGAUCCAUUUAUGUAUUAUGUAUCUAUUAUUUAUUUUAAGAAAAGUCUUUUACUAAUGUUAAUGUUACCUAGCGAAAAUUGCAAGGAUCUAAUUUACUAGUGAAAAAUAAAAAAAUACUUCUUCUUUAGUUGAUAUUUAUGAAUUUAUUAUUUACUUCA